AUGCCUCCGCCCUUCCCUCACCCACCAUUCUCCCGCUUUUUCCCCGCCUACCUUCCCCGCCUCCCCCCGCGAAUCCAUCCUGGCAGCGAAGAAGCUCAUCGUCCCAUUCCCCUCCUUCACCGUCCGCUCACCCCUCUCAUCCCCCACCUUCUCCCCCUUCCCUCCCUCCCGUCUUACCAGGUGAGCGAGCCAGAGGACAUCCUGGCAGCCAAGAAGCUCAUCUUCCCACCCCCCUUCUUCACUCUCCCCUUACCCCACCCAUUGCCAUCCCUCCCCCCUCCCACCCUCCCGUCUCACCAGGUGAGCGAGCCAGAGGACAUCCUGGCAGCCAAGAAGCUCAUCUUCCCACCCCCCUUCUUCACUCUCCCCUUACCCCACCCAUUGCCAUCCCUCCCCCCUCCCACCCUCCCGUCUCACCAGGUGAGCGAGCCAGAGGACAUCCUGGCAGCCAAGAAGCUCAUCUUCCCGGGCGUGGGGGCGUUUAGAGCCGCCAUGGAAGUUCUGAACGAGAGAGGCCUGGCAGACGCCAUUCGCCAGUACGUGGCGUUGGACCGCCCCUUCCUGGGCAUCUGCCUGGGCCUGCAGUUGCUCUUCGAUGGCAGCCAGGAGUUUGGCGAUGUGGAGGGGCUGGGAAUAAUCCCUGGCACUGUGUCCCGAUUCGAUGCAUCCAAGGGGCUCACCGUGCCACAGAUUGGGUGGAACGGGCUGGAGAUUGUGCAAUCUGAGCCGUCCAUUCUGGAUGGCGUGAAUGGGCGCCAUGUGUACUUUGUGCACUCGUACCGAGCCACUCAGACCCCUGCGAACAGCGAGUGGGUGCUGGCGACGGCCAACUAUGGCGAGCCGUACGUGGCGGCAGUGAGGAAGGGCAACGUGCAGGCCGUGCAGUUCCACCCGGAGAAGUCGGGCGUGGUGGGCUUGGACAUCCUGCGUCGCUUCCUCGGCCCCAACAGGAGCCAGCAGGCCAACGACGUAGAGGAUGCAUGCAGCAAGCCCCUGAGGGGCCCUCGAGCCACACAGCUGGCGAAGCGCGUGAUCGCAUGCUUGGACGUGCGCGCCAACGACCGGGGGGACCUGGUGGUGACCAAGGGCGACCAGUAUGACGUGCGGGAGCAGGGCGACGAGAGGGAGGUGCGCAACCUGGGCAAGCCAGUGGAGCUGGCGGCGCGCUAUUUCAAGGAGGGGGCGGACGAGGUGGCAUUUCUCAACAUCACGGGCUUCAGGGACUUCCCCCUGGGGGACCUGCCCAUGCUCGAGGUGAUGAAGCGCGCAUCAGAGAGGGUGUUUGUGCCGCUCACAGUGGGGGGCGGCAUCAGGGACUUCACCGACGGCAAUGGCAGGCCCUACUCAGCACUGCAGGUGGCAGCGGAGUACUUUCGGUCGGGCGCAGACAAGGUGUCGAUUGGCAGUGAGGCAGUGUUCGCUGCAGAGGAGCUGCUCGCUACCGGGGAGAAGACAGGCAAGACCGGGAUAGAGCAGAUCUCCUACGUGUACGGCAACCAGGCGGUGGUGGUGAGCAUAGACCCCAAGAGGGUGUACGUGACCUCGCCAGACGACGUGCCUUUCAAAUGCGUCAAGGCCUCCACGCCAGGCCCCAACGGGGAGGAGUACGCAUGGUACCAGUGCACGGUGAGCGGUGGCAGGGAGGGGCGGCCCAUAGGGGCGUUUGAGCUGGCUCAGGCAGUGCAGCAGCUGGGGGCGGGGGAAAUCCUGCUCAACUGCAUUGACUGUGAUGGUCAGGGCCAGGGCUUUGACCUGGACCUGGUGGGGCUGGUGUCUUCCGCAGUGAGCAUCCCCGUCAUCGCCAGCAGCGGGGCGGGCAUCCCAGAGCACUUCUCCCAGGUCUUUGCCAACACCGGCGCCUCCGCUGCGCUGGCUGCCGGCAUCUUCCACCGCAACGAGGUGACAAUAGAGGCGGUGAAGACCCAUCUGGCAGAGGAAGGCGUGGAGACUCGCCUGCUGUGA